AAUUGAUUUUGAGGUAUAACUCAAAAUAUAUUAAAAGGUUAGGGAGGGAGGAAACCGAAGCACAGUCUGUCUUCUUCAUCCUUCUGCCUCCUCUCUCCAUUUUUAUUGUGAACUUCAUUUUUGUCUUCUCUUCUUUCUCUUCUAUUUCUCUCUCUACACUUCCCGCCGAUGCUCGAAAUACCCAACCUCGCCGCCGAUGACGACGACAUGGACGACGGCAUGAAGUGCAGUUACCAUCCUUAUCGGAGCAACCAAGGAGGGAUCUGCGCUUUAUGUCUUCAAGAGAAGCUCGGCAAAUUAGUCUCUUCUUCUUCCCCUCUUCCUCUUCCACCUCCUCCUCCUUCUUCUUCUUCUUCUUCCUCUUCCUCUUUCAGAUCCGAUUUCGCCGCCGUCCGUCACUCUGCUGCUUCCUCUGUUCAAUUUCGCCCCCAAAAUGGAAGUCACUGCCACGAUUAUCACGCCGCACCGGCAAGGACUCGAAUACCCUUUCUGUCGAAGAAGAAGAAGAAGAACCAGCCGGAGGUAGGUUUUCGCCGGUCUAAAUCCACUACCACUCCGGCUAGAGGGAAAUUUCUGGAUCCUUACCAUGGUGAAGAUUAUAGCCCUAAAAACAGAGGAUGGAUUUGGUCUUUGUUUGAUCUUUCUACUAAAUCCCAUUCAUUGAGGAAAAUCGAUCACGGGGGUUUGCGGGAGAGUUCGAAGAUCGCGUCGCUACCGACCGCCGCGGCGUCGGAGAAGUUGAAGGGAAAAUGCGCGGAAACGUCGAAAGAUUUCUCCGGUACCGGCACGACGGAGGACGACGACGGCGGUGUUGAGGAUAGUCCAAACAGUAGUCAAGCCUCUGCCUCAGUCUCUUCGUUCGAACGGAAGGUGUCGAGAUCCAGAUCCGUCGGGUGCGGCAGCCGGAGUUUCUCCGGCGACUUGUUCGAAAGAAUCACUGGUUUCGGCGACUGUACGCUACGGAGAGUGGAAUCUCACAGAGAGGGAAAACCCAAAAUAAACCCCACCGCCGUGGCCACCUUGCAGGACGGCAGCGAUUGCCUGAAAGAGCGAGUGAAAUGCGGCGGAAUAUUCGGCGGGUUCAUGAUUCAGACAUCGUCGUCAUCGUCUUCAGCGUCAUCGUCGUACUGGGUAUCAUCAUCCUCCGGCGAAGAGGGAAGACUCCCGGCGAUGACUGCGCCGGCGCCGUACGUGCAAGGGCGGAGCAAAAACAGAGGUUGGGCAUUUGCAAGUCCGAUGAGAGCGUUAUCGAAACCAUCAUCUUCAUCCUCAGAAGGGAAAAGAGAAUCAUCGGACAAAAAUUCGACUCCAAAUUUGGAAGCCAUUCCUUCAUUGCUGUCUGUAAGAAUCUGAACACAAAAUUGAAAUAUGAAACUAAGACGCAGUAAUUUAAAUUUACAUGUUAAUCAUGAAAUUAAUUAUCUUUUUAUUUGAUUUUAUGUCGUUUUAAAAUUUUAAAUUGAUAUUGUAAAUCAUGUUGUUGUUAUUGAAAGUUUAGGGAGUCCAGACUUUUCCCCAAUGUUGCUUGCUUGCUUUGUGUAUUUUGGCAUGACCGGUGGGUCCGGUUAUUUUUGUUUUUUUUUCAUGUACUAAAUAUCCACCAAAUUUAAUAAUUCUUUUUGGUCAUCAA